AUGCUGGCUUGGGCAUGCGAGCACUGUGCAGCCUUCGGCCAGCUCGUGCAGAAGCAAAUGGCACUGAAGCCGCCGACCUACGAGAAGCCUUGGACUCUGAUUUGGUAUUCGGACGAAAUCGCACCGGGCAAUCAACUGAAGCACGUGAACCGUCGCAAGGCCCAGGUCAUCUAUUGGUCCCUGCAAGAACUGGGAGCCCAUGCGAUGUCCUGCGAGUCGUGCUGGUUUACCUUGACGGCGGUUCGCAGCACCGUGGUCGCAGACAUGGGGGGGAUGGCGGUUUUGUUCCGCCAGCUGGCCAGGUUUUUUUUCGAGACCCCCGAUUGGCGGCAGGGACUUCUGGUCAACUGCCCCAUCGGCUGUCCCCCUCUGUUUGCCGAUCUUGGCAUACUAAUCUCCGACGAAGCUGCUAUAAAGCAAACCCUCUGCAACAAGGAUGCUUCUGGACUCGUGUUCUGUGUGCACUGCCAGAAUGCAGUCGACCACAAGUCGCACGUUGCUGCCAGCAGUCGGGGCACACAAGUAUCCAGCCUGGAGACCGACAUUUCCAGAUUUCGUCGCCAGACGAAGGAGUCCAUCAAAGCCUAUAUGGACUACCUCGCUGAGCAGAAGCCCUUGCAGACCAAGACAAAGUUCGAAAAGCUGCAGACUGCCGUGGGUUUUAACUUUAAACCAAUGGGCUUACUGGCCCAUGCAGCCUAUGGCCCCAAGCUGAUAGACUGCAUUAUGUUCGACUGGAUGCACGUCUACCUGGUCUCAGGGCUGUUCAAUGUGCUGACAGGGCUUUUCCUUGGAGACCUCCAUCACAAUGGCUGGAAGCACAACGACAUUGAGCGCUUCGCAAGGACUUUCACAUGGCCUGCACGUCUGCGAGGUGCUGCCCCGAAGGAUGUGUUGCAAAAGAGAGGAUCCUACAGUGAUCCUCUCAAGUGCAGUGCAUCGGAGGCUCUGAACUUCCUGCAGGUGCUGCGAACCUAUCUUGUGCUCUGGGUGCUGCCGCAAUGCAACGAGGACAUGAGAAACUCAUGCGAGGUUUGGUUGGCGAUGUGCAAGGUCCUCGAUGCUUUGCAAAAGAUCGCCAUAGGAGAUCCUUUCCCUGCAGUCCAACUGCAAGUCUUGGUGAAAGGCCAUCUGGACCUCGCUAAGACCCGCUACGGUGAGGACUCCUUUUGGGUACCCAAGUGCCAUUUGGCACUCCACUUGCCCCUUCAGUUGGCCAAACACUCAGGUCUGAUGAGCUGCUUUGUGCACGAAAGAAAGCACAAAAUCAUCAAGAAAAUCACCAACCAAGUACUCGACACAAGUCGGGCUUUUGAGAAGAGCAUACUCGAUGAUGUGCUACAUGGGCAUUUGCAGCAGCUCGCCGAUCCGGCUUUUCUCCCAGGAGAAGGGGUGCACUUGGUUCAGCCUGUGCGACCAGCCCCUGCCAAGCUCCAAGCCGAGCUCCGGCGAUGCAUGAACAUCCAGGGCGAGAUCAUGACAGCAAACCAGGCUGUGCAUGCAGGGAACUUCACAGUUUCGGCAAAAGACCUCGCGGUUUUGCAUCUGGAUGGUGAAAGGCUUGUCGGCAGGGUGGGCUACCACGUCCAAGCAGAUGGGACAUGCUGGUCACAUGUCACUCUUUGGAACCACGUGCAUGGAGCCAUGUUCACCCUGUCGGACGAUGUGGCCCUUGUAGAAACCAAGCAUAUCCAUGCCACUUGUGCCUUCAGUGUGCAAGGCGACAGUGCUGUCGCGGUGCUGCCAUGA